AAACUUCCGCAACUGAAACGAGUUAAAAGUUCAAAAACGGGCACAACUAAUGCGAACCUCGCUGCAGAGUUAUCCUACAGUUUUGGAAUUCACAUUGCGGCCAUACACAUCAUCACUAGCGCAGUCCUCAUCCUCGGUGCCACAAGGGAAAAGGACAUGCUUUAUGUUCCCUGUCCGAUGUUCUUGAUGGGUACUCGUGCAUUGGCCAUGGGCGAUGUGUAUAUCGUUAUGUGUUUCGCAGCGCCAAUGAUAGGCUGCCUUGGAAGGUCGAUAAAUGCGGGGCAGAAGGCCUUUCGAAGGAUGAUCAAGGAUGUGCUUCCACCGACGUAUCCCGACAUGCAAAUCAAAAGUAUUUUUGUAAAUCCCAUAUGAUGCAUUUGCAAUGGGAUUUGGUUUGUGCCUAUCGUGAGUUUAUUAAAAACACGUAAACAUCUA